AUGUUUCUGGCUGAGAGCGCACUCUCACUCGCCUCACUCCCUCUAACCUCCCGCUUUAAGAACUCUCGGAGUCACUCCCCUUUGAUCCUCCCACCUUCUAAUGUUUCUGGCAGAGAACAGACUCUCACUCGCUUGGUCUCCAUUGGUCAAGGCCUGGGGGACAUCUUCACUCGCGAGAUGCAGGCGGAUGUGGACGUGGGAGGGGACGCGAUCGAAACCACCAAGUGGAGAAUUUUCAAAGUGGCCGACGGCCUUCGGUUCUUCCACGAAGCAUCUGAGGAGGGGUUUGAGUCGCUGAUCAAGGCGGAGGGGGUGGUGGAGGCAUCAGCAGACAGCAUCUUCGAAGUUCUCAUGAGCACGAGCGCUCCUCUCUCCAUGCAGUGGGACACGUUCACAGUGGAGAACGAGGUGGUGGAGGCCGUGGAUGGGCACACGGAUAUCAUCUACGCUAUAGUCACCAACAGGCAGUACACUCACGGGAGGCCAUUGGAGAAGGAGGUGCUGGCAUCUCGCACAUGGAGGCGCAACCACGACAGCUCCUAUGGUAUCACCACGUUCAACACCAACCAUGACUCCAAGCCCCCCAAUGCCCACCGCCCUCGCCUUGAAUUCGCAUUGGGAUCGUGGGACAUCCUGCCCCUCACCCCCGCCCGCCCCAAGUCGGGCCACGUGAAGUGCCUCGUGCGACACGUUAUCGAGCUCGGCACCGCGCCCUCUCUCUCCUCCUCGCCCUCCUCCCGCCUUUCCGACAGCCCCGUUCCCCCCACCCCCAGCAAACUCUCUGUCUCCCCCGCCCCGUCCCACCUCUACUCCGCUAGCACGUCCUCUCCGGUGCACUCCUCCCUCCCCGGUGCCGUCGCUGGAGUGGCGAAAGCCGCUGCAGGGAAGCCGAUUUCGUUUAUUAAGGGUCUUAUGAGGGAGAAGAAGGAGAAGGAGAAGGAUGAGAAGCUGCCCAAGUCGUCGUCUACAGGAGGAGCGGUGGGAGGAGGUGGAGGGGGAGGGGGAGCAGGAGUGGUGGUUGCGGGAAGUGGGGAGGUGGAGGAGGAGGCCGAUGCGCAUGUGGCGUUUGAGGAGUUUGCAGACUCGUUCCCGUACGCGUCCCUCUGCCGCAUCGCAGGCCUGAGGGAGUAUUUCGCAGCACAGCCCGCCAUGGAGGAGCAUGUGGAGAGGAACACGGAGGAGAUGGUUGCGAGUUUGAUGGAGAGAACCGAGAGCCUUGAAGACCAGUUCUUUGACGCUGAAGGGGAGGAGGCCGAACCCGCUAAGGAGAAGGUAUCGGCCAAGGCGCGCUGGCAGGGGCUCAAGUGGAUGGUGCAAUUCGGCUUCCGCCUGCGAUCCUUGUUCCUGGUGGAGGAGGAGGAGGCGGACAAGGAGCGCUGGGAGGUGCGCAGGGAACUGCAAACAGACGUCACGCCCACCGACCUGCUGGCCGUGGGGGAGAAGCUCAGGGCGCAGGCGUCGCUGCCGCUGGGAGUGGACCCCAAGGACGCCCAUGCGUGGAAGCAGGCCGCUGCUGACAACUUCUGUGUGCGCGGCGCUACGUACCUCUCUGAUGGCAUCAAGAUUCCCGCAGCCCAGCCGCUGCUCUCCCUCCUGGCAGUGGACUGGUUCAAGGCAGACUCGCGCAUUGACAACGUGGCAGCACGGCCUGGCUCUGUCAUGCAGUCGGAAGCAGGAAAGAAGCUGCCAUUUGUCUUCGUUCUCAACCUGCAAGUACCCGGCAAGCCCAACUACUCGUGCGUCGCUUACUUUGCUGCCGAUCGCCCCGUCAAGAAAGAUUCCCUUCUGGGGAGGUUUGUGAACGCUGAGGAUGACUCCUUCAGGAACAGCCGCUUCAAGCUCAUCCCCCGCAUCGAGGAGGGCUUCUGGGCAGUAAAACGGGCAGUUGGAACAAAAGCUGCUAUUCUGGGCAAGGCACUGACUUGCAGCUAUUUCAAGGGCGAGAACUACCUGGAGAUGGACGUGGACGUGGGGUCGUCCUCAGUGGCUCGUAGCGUCAUCGGCCUCGUGCUCAGCUACGUCACCUCACUCGUGGUGGACCUAGCAUUGCUCAUUGAGGCACAAGCUGCAGAUGAGCUGCCUGAGUAUCUCCUCGGCACGAUCACUCUGAUGCGCCUUGAACCCAAAAAGGCCAUCGACCCCCCUCCUGCUUGA